AGGGGGAGGGGGGAGACUGAGCGAGAGAUAGAUUGGGAGAAAGGGAGGAGCAGAGAAGUGCAGUGCUGCACGCGUGUCUGUGUGAGAAAGAGGAGAGAGUGAACUAGAAAACGAGUGAGGGAGGAGAGAGUGAUGCAGCUAGCAGGGAAGCUAAUGGAAGGUUUACACAGGAGUCAAGACACAGCGCUAGGCACCAACCCAAAGGAGUAAAAGGAGGGAUUGCCAAUGCACACACGCCCACACAGUUACACACCACACACAGAGCAGACAGCAUGUAUAAGACACUUUAAGGGACAGAGGAAAGAGGUUUGUUUGCAGACCAGACAGUCAACCAUUACUUAAGGACAUGAGGAUUGACAGUCCGGGUAUAAAUCUGGAUAAUAAGAAAAAGGAGGAGCUCCAUCAACUUUAUUUUUCUUCCUUUUCUGUCCAUCCUGAGUCUACACUAGCUGGUCCUUCCAGCUUCUAAAUGAUUGAAGAUAUGCCUCACCUCUCUGCAAGCACAGGGUUGCAUGAGACUCUGGCCCUGCUCACCUCUCAGCUCCACCCUGAUGCCAAACACAAAGAAGACCUGGUGUUCCUCAAGGAUGUCUUCAGCGAGAAGAGCCUGGGUUAUCUGAUGAAGAUCCAUGAGAAGUUGCGCCAGUAUGAGCGGCAGAGCCCUAUUCCAGUUCUCCACAGCGCCUCCUGUCUGGCAGAGGAUUUGGCUGAGGAGAUUCAGAAUGGACCAAUGGAAGGUGAUGAGAGGGAACUGCUUCUGCUUCUGAGUGCUCCUCAUCUCAAGGCUAUCCUGGCAGCCCAUGACACGGUGGCCCAGAAGAACUUUGACCCCGUGCUGCCCCCGCUGCCAGAUGAAGUGGACGACGAGCUGCAGGAAGAGUCUGUGAAGAUUGUCCGGUUGGUGAAGAACAAGGAGCCCCUGGGGGCGACCAUCCGCAGAGAUGAGGUGACGGGGGCUGUAAUAGUGGCCAGGAUCAUGAGGGGAGGGUCUGCGGACCGCAGUGGUCUGGUGCAUGUGGGAGAUGAACUUCGAGAGGUCAACGGAAACCUGAUCAUCCACAAAAGACCAGAUGAGAUCAGCCAGAUUCUGUCCCAGUCACAAGGCUCCAUCACUUUGAAGAUCAUCCCUGCCAUUGCAGAGGAAGAUAGGCUGAAGGAGAGCAAGGUCUACCUGAGAGCCUUGUUUGGCUACACCCCCUUUGAGGACAAGGCCACGCCCUGCCAGGAGGCAGGACUUCCUUUCAAGCGUGGGGACAUACUGCAGGUGGUGAGCCAGGACGAUGCCACCUGGUGGCAGGCCAAGAGAGUGGGCGACAGCAACCUGAGGGCCGCCCUAAUCCCCUCCACACAGUUCCAGGAGAGGCGUCUUAAAUACAGAAUAAAGAUGGGCACUUACCAGGCGCCUGUGUCACCGAAAACACCCACAUAUGAUCCGGCUGAAAGAGCAGACUGUGACAGUGAAGGCUCUCAGAAUGGACAAGACAUAGCUGGUCUACGCAGAAGUUUCCGUCUGAGUAGAAAAGAUCGACAGGGAUCCCCGGGAGAGCCUCGUACUCCAGACUCGGCCCCACUGGACUUCCUGAUCUAUGAGGAAGUGACACGCUACCAGCCCCGCCCCAGCGAGAGGCCCCGCCUAGUGGUGCUGAUAGGUUCCCUUGGGGCCAGAAUUAAUGAGCUCAAACAGAAGGUGAUCGCUGAGAACCCCUGCCACUUUGGUGUGGCUGUACCGCACACCACUAGAGCCAAGAAGAGUCACGAGAGGGAGGGAGUGGAGUACAACUUCAUCACUAAACAGGCCUUUGAGGCUGACAUUCAAAGCAACAUUUUUAUAGAGUAUGGGGAGUACAAGGAUAACUUCUAUGGCACCAGUCUGGAGGCCAUCCGCAGUGUGCUGGAUCGAAAUAAGAUGUGCUUGGUGGAUGUACAACCAGAGGCACUGAAGAUCCUAUGGACAGCUGAGUUUAAGCCUUAUGUCAUAUUUGUGAAGCCUCGUAUCCAUGAGAGCCACUGCAAACGUCACGGCUCCUCCUCGUCACUCAGUGUAGGCAUCACGGAGGAGGACCUUCAGGAAAUGAGGCAGUCGGCCGAGCUGAUGGACGAGCGCUACGGCCACCUGGUGGACCGGGUCCUAGUGAAGGAGGACUUGGCCAGUGCCUGUGUAGAACUCCGGGACAUCCUGCAGAGGGUUGAGACAGAGGUCCACUGGGUGCCUAUUUGCUGGGUCCGAACCACCUAGCAUACACUCCCUGGCACUACAGAGGGGCUAUGGCAUAUAAUACAAUUAAAACCAUGCCAUUAGAAACUAGCGGGUGACAUUGAGAUAAUGGGAAUGGAUUUGAAUUUUUAAGCGUUUCACUGCCAUUGUGUUCAACCACUGCCAUAAUCUCACAAGCCAGAACCAAAUCUCACAUGCGCUUACGUUAACAGUCACGAGAGACUACCACUGCCAGAGUGAUGGUGUUUGUGGUGGCAAACGGACAUUGAGAUGAGUGGAGAACGAAGAGGGAACUUGGGAAUGGGACCUUUCCACAAGGACAACGGCUAUCGGUGGUGACUCAGUGGAAUCAUUUGGAGCAGCUUGGGUUGCCUGGCUCUUGACAGACUCUUGAGAGACUUGUUGUUGCCAUUACAUGUUGGAUCAGAAGUAUUGGCUGUUGUCACCUCAAGAUCAACUAUAUUUUGCAUUGCUGAAUUGUGGACAGUUUAAACAUUUUUAUUAUUAAUUCAUCCUCAUUGUAUGAGCUUGUCCUGUUUACUUCAUUUUUAAUAGAGGCUAUGUGCAAUGGGGAGUUGUGGAUACUGGCUGAACUAAAGCAUAGUAAUCCAAUGUUGUUGAUCAGUAGGCUAAUAUACAGUCCCAAAUGGAAAGGCAACAGAUUGUAGCCCCAUAGACUCCACAGAAAUCAGCCAAAACAAGCUCAAUAACUCAAUGCAUGCACACACUCCUAUUGAGCAUUCACCUGUAUUGUGAGUAGGCGUAUGCCAUCUUGAUCUAUAGUAGUGCAUAAUAAUCCUAAUUGGCAAUGUGACAACAACUAUGAAAAAGCAUAAAAUACUUGCAUGUGGGACUAAUGGUCUUGAAAACGUAUACUAUUUAUCAGAGCCAUGCCUUCUAUAAUAAUCUAGAAUGUGUAGAUUAGUCUAGUAAGUACUGAACAUCAAACAGAAAGCAGUACAAAUAUUGGUUUCAAUGAUAUUGGUUGAUGAAUUAUCAAUUAUGAUUACUCAUUGAAUGCAAAAUAACACUGAGGACUGUGUGCUUGUGAUAAAUCUCUCAAAUGUAAUUCAAUAAAGUCUCUUCCAUAAAG